AUGGAGAAUUUGGACUUGUUGGGGUUCCUCAUUAUCACCUUAAACUGCAACAUGACCAUUGUGGGCAUGCUCUGGCUGGUAGUGGCGGUCCUUCUGAGGAUGCUGGUGGUGGUCCUGGCAGGGUCCCCUAUCUACCAAGACGAACAGGAGAGGUUUGUUUGCAACACCCUGCAGCCAGGAUGUGCCAACGUUUGCUACGACCUCUUCUCUCCAGUGUCGCCUCUGCGGUUCUGGCUGGUGCAGAGCCUGGUGCUGCUCCUGCCUUCCGCAGUCUUUGGAGCCUACGCCCUGCACUGUGGCGCGAAGCUGGCUGCGGAGGGAGCCAGCAGGCCCCGGGUGCCCGACCUGUCUGCCGCCUACCUGGUGCACCUGCUGCUGCGCACGCUGCUGGAGGCUGGGCUGGCUUCCCUGCACUACUUGCUCUUCGGCUUCUUUGUGCCCAACCGAGUUUCUUGCUCACGUGUGCCCUGCUCAGGGGCUGUGGACUGCUACGUGUCGCGGCCCACGGAGAAGUCCCUCCUGAUGCUGUUCGUGUGGGCAGUGAGCGCGCUGUCCUUCCUACUCAGUUUGGCCGACCUACUUUGCAGCCUGCGGAGGACACGGGGGACCACGAAGCCGGUGAAGGGCGAGGCCAGACCGGUCCGCGAAGUCCCCACACUUCCCCCUGGUCUCUUAUCGGACCCCCGGGGCUGUCAGAGCCAGGGUCAAGUGGAUCGUGGGGGCAGUCAGGAGGAGCAGGGUGCGCCUGAGUUCCCCAGUGUGUGGCCAGCAGGGCAGCGCGGCAACAGCCACAGUGGUCAGGCCAGUGUGUCAGGGCGGGCGGAGCCUUCAGACCAAGAUGAUAGUGAGGCCAUUUCCUCAGUUGGCGACAGGUUGGCUGUGGCUCAUACGGAGCAUGAGUUCAGAUCCCACAGAGAGACAUCUCUGGACCUAGGGCCCAGAAACACUCAGUCAGGUGAACUCCCCUUGGUCACCCAGAGCCACCUGGCCAGGCACUGUUCGGCAAGCCAGCCUCUGGCUCCUGGUAGGCUGGCUACCUCCGGCAGCGCUCCCCACCUGAGAACCAAAAAGUCUGAGUGGGUGUGAAGACAGCCAUGCAGAGCCCACAAACCCUUUCCAUAGCACGGACCCUUCAUCUUGUAUUCUUGUUGAGACCAUUUUAAGUUUAACUAGAAAUUUGAGCCUCUUGAUGUAGAAUCCCAUGGAAAAUUACCCAACACUAUUCUAGGAGCCUGAGGUCAAGAUGUUCCAGCAAACUUAACUUCUGUUAAACCGCCUGCCUGCUUGUGCAGACCUCCCCCUACACCAACCCCUUCUCUCAGCUUUUAUUAAACUGCUUGAUUAAGCAAAACCUCCCUCUGCAAUUGCAGUCUAAAAUGCCAAGAUGUGAGUUUUGUCUUAAAAAACCCCUUAUCCUAAAACUCAGGGCUACACUUGGGUCCCAAACA